CAGUGUUCUACCAAAAACCCACUCUGGCGGUAGGGAAAGUGUGCCAUCAAGGAAGAAAGUGUUGAUGUUUAUUUGGUACAUCAGCAACACCAUAACAUUUCGACAACUUGGCAACCUAUUUGGAGUAUCUCAGUCUACUGGUUGGUCUGUUGUAAACAACGUUUCAACAUGGAUGGUAUCAAUUGGCCACGAGUAUAUGAAAUGGCCACAAGGUACCGCAGCAGUAGACACGAAAAGGAAAUUUAAAGAAAAGAGUGGAAUACCGGGAGUUAUUGGAGCCAUUGACUGCACGCAUAUUCGCAUCAAAGCUCCAAAAGAAAAUAAGGAAUGCUAUUUUGAUCGGAAGCAUAGCUACAGCUUAGUACUUCAAGCAGUAGUGGACGCUGAUAAAAGAUUUACCGACGUAAAUUGUGGUGAGCCUGGAUCACUUCACGACUGCAGAGUCCUUCGAAGAUCUAACCUGUUUUUUAAAGCGCAGUCGGAGCCACAAAGUUUAUUUCCAAACGAAUCCUUCAUUUUGGGUGAUUCUGCAUAUCCUUCAACAAGCUGGUUAGUACCACCUUAUAAGGAUUACGGCAACUUGAGCGUAUCGCAACGAAAUUUUAACAAAGUGCACUCUUCUACCCGCAUCGUUGUAGAAAACGCCUUUGGGUUAUUAAAAACUCGAUUUAGAAGAUUGUUACAUUUUACAGAACAAACCAAUUUAUGUUUCGUUGUCAAUCUAAUUGUUAGUGCCUGUAUUCUCCAU